AUGCGGCGCGUGCACGUGCAACAACACGCUUUUCGAAGAAGGACGCUUCCCAAGAUCGCACCACGUGGUUCUCAGGUGGAGAAUGACGACCGUGGAUCGGAUGACGGCCAGGGCUCGUCUGCUGAGCAGCUGCACCUUCGUCACCACUCUCGGCGUGUGCGACUUGACCUUGAUGAGAACAUCUCAAUGGCCCUCAUGACGAAGCUGCAGGGAGCCCCUCUGAAGAAGCUGUCAGUGAGAAACAAUGUAUUGAGCUCAGACAGCAUACAUGCCUUGGCCUGUGUAGUCUUUUUGCCACAGUAUGCUUUGUCUUCCCUUCUCGAGGAUCGCUGUCCUCGACUUGUCUUGCAACAACCAAAUUGGUGGCCGUGUCGCAUUCUGAGCUGCGGCAGCAGAGCUAUCCAGCAGCUGUUUCUAGCUAGCGUGGGUCUCCACUUCAAUGAAGCGUACCAAGUGGCGACGGAGAUGCUUGCAAUGUGCGGUAGCCUAAAGCAUGACCUCUCUGAGAACAAGAUUGAUAAGAGAAGUAUGGCGGCACCAGCCGCAGGUGUUGCGCAGAACUCUUCACUAGGCAUCAUGCUUUUGGAAGGUGUCGAGGGCUUUGGUGCCACAGAUGUCACUGCUUUUGCCAACUGUGCAUACUGUUGUGUGGAUUCCAUCAGAAUCAAGCUGGGUUGGAUCAAAGUGAAUGAUCAAGCCUGCAGAGAACUCGGGAAGAUAUUUAUCAAGGAUCUUUCGGCCUGGCUGCGUAUAGAUGUCCUUUGGCAUGUCCACAAUGUCGCAGACUUUGCCAGAGUGCUGAAGCAGCGUGGAAGGCUUGAGGAGUUUACUGUUCCAGCACUCGGGUGUUCUCAGAAAUUGGAAGAGUCUGCAAACUUCUUGCCACGACUUGAAGCUGCUGUGGAACACCUGAUAGACAUACUCACACCGACAGACAAUGUUAGGUUUCAAAGAGUGAUAAAUGCUGGAUGUGUCGGGAAUGCCGAGAUGUUGUCCAACUACCUGGUCAGGACAAGGACACUGUGCAAACUUAAGUUCAUGCACGGAUCCCUCCAUGGUUGGGAAAUUCCAGUCUUCAUGGAAGCGUUAUCGACAACAAGAGCCUCGUUAAACUUGACUUUGCCAAUGCUGGAGUGGAAAGUUCGUCCAAGCUGGCCACUGCCUUGCUUCAGAAUCGUACACUAUAGUCAUUUGUGCGCUAUAUAAUUUCAAGGCGGAGGAGCCUGGAUUCUCUCAGAUCACUGCAUCGCCACUGAUUGUUUGCUUUAUACAUGUGCUUGAGGACAAACCGCUGCCAUCUGCUUGAUGCAAUCACUUUUGUGCUGGGUGAUGUGACUGGUGACAAGCGGUGCGCCGAGGCAAUUGAGAUGGUCAGCUGCAGCAUAAACUGUGAUCUUGGAUCGCAUUGAGAGCCUUGCUGGAUGAAGCAUAGACUGAGAGGCGGAUUAGAGCUGCUGAGUGUCGCCGCAGAAAUUCCUUUAGGCUGACAGCAGUCGUGAGCAGUCAACCAGUCUGAAGGACUGCAGAUCACAGAUA